AUGUGGCUCACUCCCCACCUCCUCCUCCUCCUCCCGCUCUGCGCGUGGAUAAUCCCCCUCGUAACCUCCCAACAAACCACCACAGAAACCUCCCCGACCUUCCAAACCGACAUGUCCACCGACCCAAUCCGCGACGCCCUCUCGGCCUCUUUCAUGAACAUCACCUUCUCCCCCUCCACCUCUCCCAUCUGUUCCGCCUCCCCCAACUCCUCCUCUUCCUCCAACACAGCACUCUCCAUCGCAAUCCGCACUCUCCCCCAAACCCAAGCCUGCUUCGACCUGGACAAAACCUUCUCCGACCCCGAAACCACCUACACAAGCCAAGGAACCGGUCGCUGCGACUCCCAACUCGGUCUCUGCGGGAUUAAAUACACCGUCUUCAAUUCCUUGUCCCGGGAAGAAGAAGAUGUGCGGAAUGGAGAGUGGGGGAAUGUGUUUUAUACUCAAGUCCGGAAUCCUUUGGAUGUGGAUGGGGAGAUGGAUGGGGAAGGGUCGGGAGGGAGGUUGGAAUUGGAGGUUUUUGAUAAGGAGGGUUGUGAAAGUAAAGGGGAUCUCGGGAGUGCGAGGUGGAAUUGUGUGGAGGGGAGGGGAACUUGUGGGGAGGUGGGGUUUGGGGUUAGGAGUUUUAGGGUUAAGUUGAUGGAGGCUAAGGAUGUUGGGAUGGGGAGUUGUGUUAUUGCGCAGAUGGGGGGUGGGGGGAGGGUUGGAGGGAGCUUGAUUAUGGGGGGGUUUGUGGUGGGAUUGGGGGUUGUGGUUGUGGGGUUGGGGAUUUUGUGA